AUGUCAACUACGCUAUGCCGCGACUUAUUACCCAAAGAUGAUCACGAACAAGAUGUGAACGGUGAUUUGAUCGAAUUCUGCGAGUUUAGUUCCCGCCGUGUGAACUUUUCCAGAGCAUCCUCAACUGACACCGAAGAGGAAUCGUGGGAAUCUGACGGAGAAGAGGAUCCCAUUGAGCGCCCUGAAUUCCCCGAAUUUGAGUCAAAACUUACUGAGGCGAUACGCGCCCUCGGUGGUUUUGUUUUCCCCAAGCUGAACUGGAGCUCCCCAAAGGACGCUUCAUGGAUGCUGUGUGGAAAUUCGAUGAAAUGCAACAGCUUCUCGGAUGUUUAUCUUCUCCUCAAAGCUUCCGAUUUCGUCGCACAUGACCUCGUCGCACCAUUUGCUUUGUGUACAGAUGUUUCGGUGGAUCAGCUGGUUGAUAAACCACCGAGUUUUAAACAUGUGCUCGUCCUUCGACGUUGGGCGGAGAUGAGGCCAGACGGAGAAUUCCGGUGCUUCGUGCGAGAAAACAGACUGAUCGCGAUAUCGCAGCGAAUAUGCGACGCUUAUUUCUCUUCAAUAGCCACACAUGCCGACCGCAUCAAGCAGGCAUUGUGCUCUUUCUUCUCAAAACGGAUCCAUGGAAAAUUCCCCUUAGACGACUACGCCGUUGAUUUGUACUGCGAGUUUACGCAACCAACAACUGCUAUCAGCGGGAUCAAAGUGGUCGAUUUUAACGUGUUUGGAGAUCCAACGGAACCUUUAUUGUUCUCGUGGUCCGAACUCGAGAACACAUAUCCGUUGGAAACAGAUUUUCUUCCCUUGUUCCGAUACCAGGAGGAUCGGUCCAUUCGACCAAGCGUCUUCAAGCAGUACUCGGUGCCCUCCGACCUAGUGGACAUUGCCUCAGGAUCCGACCCGAACAAGCUGAUGGACUUCGUUCAAAGGUGCGUUGAAGAACAGAAAAAGUAAACGGCGAAGAAAAAUAACAAUUGUUAUCUAUUUGUAUACAAUACACAGAUAUU